AUGCUCAAAUCGCAGUUUCAGGUUAUCGUUGAUCGCCUCGUUAGAGAUCUUGCUCAGCAGCGUCAAGUCGGACACACCGAUCUCCUUCUUCUUGGAGGUCUCGAAGGCGGCCUUCUUGACCUGCGGCUUACCGGUCUGGCGACCAUCACCGACGUCGGCGACCGCUUUGGAGCGACCAAAGCGGCUCUUCUUUUCCCCGCCUACGGGGCGGCGUGA